AUUUUUCGUCGAUCCUCUCGCCAUCCAGAACUUAUAAGAAACACAACAAAAACUUGUUACAUUGUUGUUUUUUGUGGAAAUGCCUCAGGAAAACUAAUUCCACCAUUUUUCAUUUUUAAAGGAAAACACAGUUGGUCUGACUGGCUUUUCAAUGCACCAGAAGGAUCAAGAAUGGCAACUUCUUGCAGUGAUAUAACAUUUAUAUGUUUGGUACCCAAUUCCACACACCUUUUACAACCUUUAGAUGUUGGAUAUUUCUCGAGUUUAAAAGCUAAUUGGAGGUCAGUUCUUAAUCAAUGGCGUAAAACAUCCAGAGGAAAAAAGGUUAAUAAUCUGCCAAAAAAUUUAUUUACGCAGCUCAUUAAAUCUACUCUUAAUGUUGGUAAAGAAAAUCUAGAACAUAAUCUCCAAGCAGGAUUUAAGGCUACUGGCAUAUAUCCAUUUUUACCAGAACAUGUUCUCUCCAAAUUACCCAGUUUUACAAAUAUAGAUAUUCAACUCAAUAUUGGAGAAUCGUUUAGGAAUUAUGUUGAUGAUAUUCAUCUUAAUUAUGAAGUAAGCAAAAAAUUUAAGUUACCAAUAACAGCAGGGAAAAGUGUAUCAGCCACUGAGGUAGAAGCAUACUAUAAGGAAAGAGACAAUAAAAAAAAAAGUCAAGAUAAUAUUCGAGCAAAGAAAAGAGGAAGACCACUUGGAUCAAAUAAUAUGGUUAUGAAAAUAAACAAAAAACUUAAUAUUUUACAAAGUUCAAGCAUCGUAAAUGUUAAUCAAGUUAUUGAAGACGAUGAACAAGUUUUACCUGUAUCUCAAAAUGAUGCAGUUUUUUCAUUGGAGCAAAUAAACAAUCACUAUGUACAUGUUUUCCUUGAUCAUGAUUAUUUUGUAAAAGAGUUAGUUGAAACUCAAGACUAAAAGAAGGAAACACUGUAAUAUUUAGUUUUAUAGUCAAUGGUGUUUAUUUGUGGAGAAUUAUAUAAAAAUAAUGUCUUAUUUAAUUUUUUCUUUUAUAACUUUAAAAAUUAUUUUGUGAAUAUUUUAUUGAAAAACUUGUUUGUUUA